CGCCCCUCGCUGCUUCCGAGGGUCGACGGCAGCGCGCCUGCGAGUCUUGCCUUGGCUUUGCUUGCGAGACACACGCGCUGCCUUCUGAAUACAUACUUUUAGUGAAAAGAUAAUUCCUGUAGCUGUGGUUCAUCUCCUGCGUUGGGUGAAAUCUUAUACGCAAUCAAGAGAGCCUCCGCCGACGACGCCAUGAAGCAAAUCUUGUCCCGAAGGAGCCUCCUCCUCGACGUGGUCAUCAUCGCCAGCUUCCUGUACUUCACGGUCUCGGGGCUUUACGGGGGGCCUGGCGCGGGGGAGGAGGCGGCGCAGGUCGCCCGGAACAGCAGUGGAGACGGCGACCUGCCGAUCAGCACGGAGAAAGGGAGGAAUAACGAAACCUUGAAUGCUCGGGGAACUAGGAAGAAGGAAAGGAAGAAGAAGGAGGAGCUUGAGAGGCAGAGAAAUAUCAGGGCCCCGCUGCCCGCCCUCGAGCCCUCAGGCGGCGCCGCUCUGCGCGGGAUUGACCUCGCCGAGUACACUCCAGAGGAGCGCGCGGUGCUCGGCGCGCGCAUGAGCGAGAUGGAGGCGCGGGCGUCGGCCGUGAGCCGCGUGUGCCAGGCGACGCCGUCGAUCUCCGGGGCGACCGCGAUCGACCUGUUCAUUUGGGAUACGGAUCAUACUCCCAGCAUAGUCUGGUGCCCCAUUUACAAGGUGGCCUCCACGACCUGGAUGAACAACUUCUUCUCCGUCGCCAACCUCAGCAGAAGCGACGAGAGCGCCCUCGAGAGAUUCAACCAGAAACUGGAGUGGAAGAAGCGGAAGGGCAAUGACAUAAAGCAGCUCUUCGACCACAAACUGGUAUACGACCUUUACCCUGGACCGCAGUCGCCUGAAGAGAGAGCGAGGGUCCUGAAGAAUAGCGUGCGAGUGAUCAUUGUCAGGCAUCCCUUCUCCAGGAUUCUCUCGGUCUAUCGGGACAAGAUGGCGACCAGGAAUCCCCGCCCGCUGAAGUUCAACUUCAAGGAGCUGCAGGCCUACAUCCGGAAGACGUACCGGAGUCGCCACACCUCCAACAGGUCGAGGUUUCCAAGUUUCCCCGAAUUUAUUCAGUAUGUGAUCGAUUCCACGGGGAACUUUACUAGUUAUGAGGACUGGAAAGAAAACGUAAACUGCUGGUUGCCUUACUGGGUUCGCUGUACUGUCUGUUCCUUAGAUUAUAACAUCAUUAUAAAAUUAGAAACUAUGGAGGAGGAUAAGCGGUUUCUGGCAACCCUCUCGCGCCUUAAUGAACUCAAGGACAAGGCCACGUGGAUGCACCUGAAGACCGCCCCUUCUUCUGAUUUGGGGGCCAAGUAUUACAAGCAAUUAACUCGACACCAGAUAUUACAACUGUACGAGCGUUAUGAGCCGGACUUUAAGCUUUUCCAGUAUGAUAUUAAAGACUACCUAGAUAAUGCAAUAGAUUCUAGAGACAGAAGUGCAAAUAGAUGAAAGGCUGUUCACGGUAUGACUUAAAUUCAGAAGCUGACUUUCUACUGACUACUGAAUCUUAUUAACAUUGAGG